GCUCCCAGUGAGCCGCAGCACCCUGGAGACCAAGCGACCCAAGAUCAGCUGGCACAGUACUAUUCAGAUCUGUAUCAGUAUAUCACCUUCAUCACCCGCCCAAGGUAA